AAUUCUCACAAAAAUAUCAUAUUACAGUUGCAAACAUGGCUGCGCCCAUGCGAAUUGCAAAAUCAGUUUCUUUAAAUCGUUGCAUUUCCUGUGUUAAAUCGGCAUUGUCACUUCAAAUGCCAGUUCAGACAUAUUCUAAAAUGAAAUAUUUUUUGCAUCAACAAAGGAGAACAUUUCGUCUUUGCACAAACCCUUUACUACAUGGAGAGUAUGAAUAUCAGGAACCUAAAUCAGAUGAUGAAAUUGUAAAUAUAACCUACAUAGAUAGAAGUGGAGAAAAAAUUGCAGUAAAGGGAAAAGUUGGUGAUAAUGUGAUGUACCUAGCUCAUAGAUAUGGUAUUGAGUUAGAAGGUGCUUGUGAAGCUUCUCUUGCCUGUUCUACAUGUCAUGUUUAUGUAGAUGAGAACUAUUUUGAUAAAAUACAAGAUCCAAAGGAAGAGGAAGACGACAUGUUAGAUAUGGCACCUUUUUUGAAAGUAAAUUCAAGAUUAGGUUGUCAGAUUGUACUAUCUAAAGACCUGGAUGGAAUAGAAGUAAAAUUACCUGCUGCAACUCGAAACUUUUAUGUGGAUGGUCAUGUACCACAGCCUCAUUAAUAUCUACUAACUAUUAUGAACA